AUGGAUGAUAUUCAUUUAAUAUCAUCGCCGCCACCAUCAGCACCAGCAGCAAUUCUCAAGCCGAAUUGUUCGCCUCUACCAGGUUCAGCAACAAAUUAUCGACAACGAACCGAUUCGGCAUCGAUUAUUCAACAGUCGGAUGUGUCAUCGUCAAGACCAGCGUUGUUAGCACACGAUGCACUUGGACCACUUCUUUUCGAGGCUCUUGAUGGAUUUUUCUUUACAAUAAAUCAUAAUUGUGAAUUGGAUUAUGUGAGCGACAAUGUUGGACAGUAUUUGAAAUUUACCCAAGACGAACUUGCUGGACGAAAUUUGUACUAUUGUGUACAUCCGAGUGAUGUGAGCGAGUUCAGCAAAGCUUGGGCCAAAAAGGAUUCCGGUGAUUUGUUAGCAUCGAGUGCGAAUACUGAUCAAAUACAAAAUGUUCAAUCACGUGGUCGUACAUUCCAUUGUCGGAUGCGAACAAAUGAUGAAUCGACGCCUUAUAUAUCUAUGGUUGUAUCCGUUGCUCUUCAUCGUGAUCCAUCUGGUAGUGAUAAGACUUUUCUCAUAUGUAUUGCUCGUCGGCCGCCGAUCAAUGAACUAAAAGAUAAACCAGCUCUGUUGGGUUUCGAUCAGUUUUCUUCACGAAUCAAUUUACAAUAUGAUAUCGAAAGUUUAGAUUCAAGUCAUAUGAAAUGUGAAACGAUCGAUAUGAACUUUAUGGGGAAGAAUUUUCGAGAUUAUGUUCAUGAAAGUGAUGUCCCGUUGAUUACUAGACACUUUCAAGAGACUGUCGAAAAAGGCGAAGCAAAAAGUCUUGUCUAUCGGUUUUGUUUACAUGAUGAGAUCUAUGCUUUCGUUAAUACUCAAAGUAAAUUGUUUUCGAAUAAAAUGACUGGAAAAGCUGAAUCAAUUGUUUCUACUCAUACAAUUGUACGGCUAAUCGAUGAUUUCAACGAUCUGAACGGCAAUGCAUCAACACGUUUAAUGAAAGCAAUUAUUGUAUCGAAUCGUGAUUUGCAAAAGAAUAAAAAACAAUCUUCGUCAUCGACCUCAUCCUCUACAACUAAAACUCAAAUUACACCACCAACAUCGGCCUCGAUACCACCUCCACCAACUUCAACACCACCUAUCGGCACGCAAUUUGCGUUAACUAUGUUGGGCAUGCAUAAAAACGCACCGAAUACCUUGCAACAGCAUGUUUCUAGCACUUUGGGUACUUUGAUUCAAGUACAGAAUUCUCUGUCGGCACCAAUAUCUAGUCCAAGUGAUAAAAAUCAGCCGCAAUCAAAUAUUCCACCAUCACCAAAAGUACCUGUGCAAAAACCUUCGACACUUGAUAACGUCUCAUCAUCGGAUACAGUUGAGUUCGGAAGUAAACGAACACCUUUCAGUCCUUCAUUGGGUUCAGUUCAAUCAAAUAAUGGCAGUGUUUCUUCUCCUUUGAACUCUUUCGAUUUAUUAUUCCAACCUGGAUCACCAUCCAACGAUUUCAAUUCCCUCUUGCCUACAUGCUCACCAGCGAAUAAACGACCAUUGUCGCCGCUGCAGUUAGUCGAUCCAACCUCGUUACUUUUUUCAAACAAUGAUAUCUAUACAACAGCAUCAAGUCCAAUCACUGCAUCAACACCUUCGGCACAAAAUCCGAAUCAAUUGCGUAGCUCUACACGUUUAAGACAGUUACUUGCAACUAAAUCUCCGCCACCGAUCACGUCGAGUCCACAUUCUCAUAAUGAAAACAGACUUCAUGUGAAUGCGAUAGAUGAUCUUGUGCAAGUGGCUGAAAGUCCAACAACUACUCAUGUGUCACCAAUGCCUAAUGAUUCGCCAUCGCCGAUGAAGCGUCGACGAAAUCCUAGUCAAACAAAUGAAACUCUAACACCCUCAACGACAUCAGCUGAUAUUCUUCUCAAACAACUUCUCGGACGGCAGCCACCGAAUAUUGCACUAGGCUCUGGAACAAAUGCCACAGAUUUUUCGAUGCUCGACAAUAAUUCAGGAUGGCCAUCCCCGGGUUCUGUACCUUUGAUUAAAACUGAAUCAGUUGCUAGCGAUGAUAGUACAUCAGGUGGUCAAACAAUUACUACACCGGGUGGAUCGAAUAAACUACGAAGCGAUAUAUUUCUUCGAACAUUGCUCAACGAUGAAGUACGUCCGCAAAAGGUCGUUGUUGAAGCACCAUUUGUCUACAAUUCUCGACACAAGUCUACUCAACGUGCAUCUGCUGGCAGUAAUCAUCUACUCGGACAUAACAAAUCGUUCAGCAACUCCCGCUCAUCAUUCAAAAGUCAACUAUCAUUACAAGGAAAUCAGUCAGCUGACUCAACUGGAUGGGAUACAAAAUCGAAGAAAAAACAACGACAGCAUUCACACAGUUUUGGUAGUCGAACUAAUCAGGUGAAUACAAUUUCACCGCCGAGAAAACCAGGCCGACCAAAACGAGAUCCAACGGAUUAUCUUCUGUCCAAUCCUCAAUCAACACUAUCGGACAAUUCUCUGGAUUCAUUCUUUGAUCAACCAUGUAAUUCUGAUCAGACAACCGUCAUUCAAGCAUCACCGAUAGUACUUCGCCGCACAACUCGACAAACAUCAGCGUCCAACCUUAAUGCAGCUAAUCACUUGAAACGUUCGAUGGAUACUGAUGAUCAGUCACCAACACAACGAAAACUUCCGAAGCUACUACUCGCCCGACAACUUAAGGAUGAUAUCAAACUUGAAUGUCAAGACCAUACGAUCAUUUCACCGUCGAUCGCUAUCGCUGCUACACGGCCAUUGAAUCAACUUAAUACAACCAUUAAAACUGAACCGGAGGUGUAUGAACGUCAUCUUUCGUUGGACAGAUCAUCUCCAGCGUCAUUGAAGAAACAAACAAGCAACACUCAUGCAUCGAGUAAUCAAUCUACACUACUACGCUCGUUAAUUCGUACACCACAAGUACCAACAGUAACAGCGAAGAAGGAUGCUCCACUCUACGAUCUCCUACAAAACCUCGACUCAAAUGAUACAUCAAUAUUCUCGACAAUAAAUUCAGCGUCCUCAUCGUCAUCAACAAUCAAUAAUAAUAAUAAUUCGAAUAAAAUUCCUAAUAAUAAUUCCAAUGAUCCUCUUGAACAAUAUCUCAAUUCAACAGUACCAUUGCAACCAACUAAAACUCCAUCAUCGAAAGAUGAUUAUCUAGCUGCGUUGUUAAGUUCUGAUCCUCAACAACCAAAUGAAAUAUCAUUCAUACCAGUUAACAAACAACCGCCACCAACAUUGCAUAGAUCGGCAUCAGCAUCAAGUGACAACAGUCGAAUACAGGCGAUUGUCAACGAUCUUUUCACUUCAGCGACAACAGCAACACCUCCGACUGGGAACAUCAAUGCUAAUGAUGAUUUAUUAUUUUUAUUAGAUAAUCGAGAUUUUCUAGAGUGCUUGAAUGAGCCUACAGCAGUCGAUUCAUUUCUUUCACAAAACUCAUCGAGUGUCAUGGAUCCAUCAUUUCCAUCUACAACAUCGAAACGUAGUGAAAAGGAAGAAAGAGCUAUCAGUGAAAUCUAUAAAACACUUGUUACCUCCUUUAAUCCCGGUCCGACAUCACUCGAUUUACCCGUUGACAAUAGUCCUUUCAGCACGAUCACCGGUGACUUCCUGUUUGCUGACCAUUCGACUAUGUCAAUACCACCGAAUCGAACAGCGACUGCUGAUCCAUCGAUACCUAUGUACCGACAGCAAACAUCAACAUAUACAUAUCAACCUCAACAACAACAGCAGCAGCAGCAGCAACAACAACAACAACAACAACAACAACAGCCGAUGCCAUCGAAUAAUUCUCAAUUUUCUGAUUGUCUUUCAAUAGAAAUGAUAGAUAAUAAUGCGUUUCCACCAAAUGUAUCUCUCUCUCCAAUGAAUACAUCUUUUCUACCACCAACAAAUUCAGCAUCACAUAUGGAACCCAAUCCCAUGAUGAUAUAUUCUCAACAGGGACCGCCAACGCAUAUCCAACACCACCAAGGAUCAAAUCAAAUACAGAAUAUGUACUAUCGUCAAUCGUCACUAGCUUCACAGCAACAAAUGUAUAAUAAUUUUGCUCAACCACCACCGAAUCAAGUUGCUCCUAAUUAUUAUUCCAUGCAACAACUACCACCUCAGCAGCAGCAGCAGCAGCAGCAGCAACAGCAACAGCAACAGCAACAACAACAGCAGCAGCAGCAACGAAUGCCACCAGGUGCUCUUCCGCCACAAAUGAACAAACGGCAAGCGUUGAUGCAUCAACAACGAGCACCACAAGCAAAUAAUCCACAAGUUCAAUUGCAUAUGUCGAUGAAUGUAACUCUACCAUCUGCGGCACCAAACCAGCAACAACCUCAGCAACCGUUGCCGCCACAGCAGCAACAACAACAACAACAGCAGCAGCAACAGCAACAGCAACAGCAACAGCAACACCUUCGACCGAUGAUGAACACGUACAAUGAUUUAAUGAUGUCCAAUGGGAAUAAUUCAUCAUUGCAACAAGACUUUCAUCAAUUUUCACCAUCGUUAGUAAAUAACAAUUCACUCGAUCUUUCAUAUGGUCAUGAACUUUUCAUGACAUCUUCACCAUCGGGGCCUCCACCACCACUACAGCAACAACAACAAAUGCCGCAAAUUCGUCAUAUGAACGUUAUGCAAGCGCCACAACAACAACCCGGUCCUCCUGGCCAAGCCCAAAUGCAUCAGCAAUAUGCUAAUAUGAAUGUAGCUCUAUCAACAAAUAUUCAACAAAAUUCGCAUAAUACAAAUAAUCUCAUGAGUUCAUCUAUACCCAAUUUAACUGCUGCUGAAUGUCGUCAAUCUGAAGAAUUGAAUAAUCACGUGAUGAACUGUUUGAGUUUUCAAACAACACGUUGUACAAGUGAAUUUGUACGUAAACAAUUGCAACAUACCAUUCAGGGACGACAAAAGCCAACCAGUGGAAAAGAACUAACAGGAGCAACACAACAGAAGAUGAUGACAUCACCAAAUAUUGAUUCAAGCCAAAAAGGAACUUAUUUUCGUAGUCAAUUGUCUUCUCCAAUAUCCACCCCUCCAUUACAAACCAACCUACGAUCACAACAACAUCCACAACAGGGCAAAACAACGAUGUGA